AUGGUACGUCUGAGGGACAUUCCCCGGACGGCCACCUUUGCUUGGUCUCCCGGCGCGGCCUCGCCAUUGGUUGCUACCGGUACUCGGGCCGGCGCUGUCGACGUUAAUUUCUCGAACGAAACAUGCCUGGAGCUGUGGGAUCUCGGGUUGGGUCGUCAGGACGGCGAGGAACUGCAGCCGGUGGGCAAGAUUAGCACAGACUCGGGUUUCAACGACCUCGCAUGGACCGAAUCCGAAGAUAACUCGCGGGGUGUGAUUGCUGGUGCUCUGGAGAAUGGCUCGUUGGAUCUGUGGGAUGCUGAUAAGCUGCUCAACGGCGCAAGUGACCCCGUGAUCUCGAGAACAACCAAGCACUCGGGAGCCAUCAAGGCGCUCCAAUUCAACCCCAAACACCCCAACCUUCUCGCAACCGGAGGCGCAAAUGGAGAACUUUAUAUUUCCGAUCUCAACAAUAUGGAAAGCUCGUUCCGACUGGGAAGUGCCGCUGCCCGUGCCGAUGAUAUCGAAUGCUUGGAUUGGAAUAAGAAGGUCGCGCAUAUUCUGGUCACUGGUAGCAGUUCAGGUUUUGUGACCGUGUGGGAUGUCAAGACAAAGAGAGAGACUUUGACCCUCAACAAUGUGGGACGGAAAGCGGUCAGCUCCGUGGCUUGGGACCCCGAAAAGCCCACGAGACUCGUUACUGCUACGCUGGACGAUCAAAUGAUUCAUGUCUGGGAUCUCCGCAAUUCCCAUGCUCCAGAAAGGAGUCUCAGAGGCCACGAAGCUGGCGUCCUGUCGCUUUCGUGGUGUAAUCAGGACCGCGACCUGCUCCUCUCCUCCGGCAAGGAUAACCGCACGCUCUGCUGGAACCCGCAAACCAGCGAAGCCUACGGAGAAUUUCCCGUGGUCACCAACUGGACCUUCCAGACUCGCUGGAACCCUCACAACCCCAAUUUCUUCGCCACCGCCUCAUUCGAUGGUAAAAUCUCGGUCCAGACUAUUCAGAACACCCGCACCGAAACCGUGGAGGCCAUUGCCGAUCAGAACCAGGCCCUUGACGGUGAAGACUUCUUCGCGAGGGCACAGACUCAGCCGCAAGUGUCCAACUUCUCGCUUCCGAAGGCCCCCAAGUGGCUUGAGAGACCAUGCGGUGCCUCUUUCGGUUUCGGUGGCCGCGUCGUUUCCAUUGGAUUGGCUGAGAAGGGCAAGCGCGGAUCGAAUAUCAAGAUUACCCCGUUCGAAGUCGACGAAUCCGUUGGAAAGGCUACCGAGACCUUCGAGACUGCUCUCAAGGAGGGUGAUCUCCGCAGCAUUUGCGAAACUAGGGCUACGGAUGCGGCCAGUGAGGAGGACAAGUCUGACUGGAAGGUCAUUGAAGCUUUGAUUUCAGAGAACCCCAAGAAGGGCAUUAUCGAAUACCUUGGCUUCCAGGACCAAUCCGCCGAUGAGGCUGCCGAGAGUCUGGCUAAGCUUGGAUUGGACAAGGAGGAAGAAACCAAUGGCGAAGAGAAGAAGGAGCCGGAGAAAGAACUAGAGAAGGAAAAGCAAUCCCGCGGGCCGGGAGCGAAGAAGCACAAGCGCCUGCAAUCGAUGUUCAAUGAUACAACCCCGGAAGCUGAUGCCUUCCUAUCGGACAUCGCAGCGUCCAAGGAAGCCAAGAUCAACAAUCCAUUCCAGAUCUUCAACGGCUCCGAAUCUGAUGCGGAGAAGGGAAUCACCAGGGCUCUUCUUUUGGGAGACUUUGAGAGGGCUGUUGACGUCGCUCUCAAGGAGGACCGUUUGUCCGACGCUUUCAUGAUUGCCAUCUGUGGCGGCCCUAAGUGUGUCGAGAAGGCCCAAGAGCACUACUUCUCGAAGCAAACCGACGGCCCGAACUACAUUCGCUUGCUUGCGUCGAUCGUUGGAAAGAACCUCUGGGAUGUUGUGCACAACGCUGACCUGUCCAACUGGAAGGAGGUCAUGGCUGCUCUCUGCACCUUCGCUGACGAGAAGGAGUUUGCCGACCUCUGCGAGGCUCUCGGUGACCGUUUGGAAGACCAGAUUCGCGCAUCGGAUGACAAGGUUGCCCGCAAGGAUGCUUCUCUCUGUUUCUUGGUUGGCUCUAAGCUGGAGAAGGUGGUCGGCAUCUGGACGGAAGAGCUCCGCGAGAACGAGCAGAAGGGUCUUGAAACCGCGACUGACAGUUCUUCCUUCUCCGUCCACGUUCGUGCUCUCCAGGGGUUGAUUGAGAAGGUGACUAUCUUCCGCCAGGUCACUAACUUCCAGGACACGGAGCGGGCCAAGGAGGCAGACUGGAAGCUCGGCAACUUGUACGACAAGUACAUCGAAUACGCGGAUGUCGUUGCUACGCAUGGACGACUUCAAAUCGCGCAGCAGUACCUUGAUCUCGUGCCGGUGAAGCACCCCGAGGCUGAGAUCGCCCGCAGCCGCAUCCAGUUGGCGAUGAGACAGGCCGCUCCUAAGCGGGGCCAGGCAACUACUGCUCCUGCUACCAGGGCACAGGCUACCAGACCUCUUCCUCCUCAGCCUGCCGCGUUCCAACCUCCGACGAGCUUCACUCCGGCUGCUGCCCCUCAGAACCCUUAUGUUCAAACUACAGCAGCCACCCCCUAUACCCCGGCUGCGGCUGUGAACCUUUAUGCUCCAACUGCGGCGGUGACACCUCAACCCUCCUCGAACCCUUACACUCCCGCUGGCGCUGGCAGCUAUGCUCCCACUGGGUACCAACCUACUGCGCCGUUAGCAUUUGGUGCACCCCCAGGUGCCUCCGUUCCUCCUCCCCCUCGUGCGUCGUCUAGUCAAUCGCCUGCGAAUGUCUCCACUUACACCACUGCUACCAACCUCCCCGCAUGGAACGACUUGCCAGAUGACUUUAUGAAGUCGUCGCGCCGUGCAACCCCUGCAGCCAGUGGUCGUGCUGUCGGUUCACCCUUCCCGAACCAGUCGCCAACCCUCACCCAGGGUCCUCCCCCAGUUGGACCUCCGACUGCUCAGCGGCCGCCUUCGGUGCCUCCGCCGCCAAAGGGCCCUGCUCCUCCUCCGCGCAUGAUGUCGCCGCCCUCGGCUGUGCCUCCACCUUCAAUGGUGCCUGGCCCUACUCCUGCGAACCCCUACGCUUCCUUACCCCAGUCUCCCCAGCUUGCAAACCCCAUGGGUGCACCGGGGCCAAUUCCUCGCGGGGCUUCGCCUUACAACCCUCCGCCGUCCAUGCCGCCGCCAACGAACAGGUAUGCUCCGAGCCCGGCGGCCCAGAGCCCACAGCUUCAAAGCCGAGUUCCGGUUCCUCCUCCGGCUCAAGCCGUGCCUUCGCCAUACGCACCUCAACAGCCCCCUGUGGCAAGCAGUCCUUACGCACCAACUCCAUCUGCAGCUGUUCCCCCGCCGCCAAUGCAGCAGACCCCUCAAGGCCCUGGUUCCCGGCCCAGCACCGCAUCGUCGCAGAAGCGGGCCACCCCGGCACCUCCCAAGUACCCACCGGGUGACCGCUCCCACAUCCCCGCGGACGCCUUGCCCGUCUACGAGAUCCUCUCCGCAGACAUGCAGCGCGUCAGGGGCCGCGCUCCAUCUUCCUUCAAGGCACAGGUCGACGACGCUGAGCGCCGGUUGAACAUUCUCUUCGACCACCUCAACAACGAAGACCUGCUCAAGCCGAACACCAUCGCAGACAUGACGCAGCUGGCACAGGCUAUUCAGGCUCGCGACUACGAGACCGCCCGGACGAUCCAUGUUGAGAUCAUGGCCAACAGGAUGGAGGAGUGCGGUAACUGGAUGGUUGGUGUGAAGCGCCUCAUUAGCAUGAGUCGGGCUACCCCUUAA